AUUAAUAUUCUUUAACAAAGAAAAUAUGUUUAGACAUCUUUGUAAAGCCUAGGUUCGCUGGUUUGAGCGUGUAACCUCCCCUGCUGCUGUCCACGUUUACCGACUCAAAAGUUUUAUUCUGUGACACUUAUUUUUAUUUAAAGACAACCAUGGGUCCCAAGAAAGUAGAAUAUCCUGAAAAGAAGCCCUUAAUUGGUAGAGUUGGUACCAAUCUGAAGGUUGGAAUUGUUGGGUUACCUAAUGUUGGAAAGUCUACUUUCUUUAAUGUUCUGACAAAGAGUCAAGCUGCAGCUGAAAAUUUUCCUUUCUGCACAAUUGAUCCUAAUGAAAGUAGGGUCCCAGUUCCUGAUACUCGGUUUGAUUACCUCUGUGAGUACUACAAGCCUGCAAGUAAAGUUCCGGCUUUUUUGAAUGUGGUGGAUAUUGCUGGUCUGGUGAAGGGUGCCUCUGAGGGCCAAGGUCUCGGCAAUGCUUUCCUUUCUCAUAUCAAGGCAUGUGAUGCCCUUUUCCACAUGUGCCGAGCAUUUGAAGAUGGAGAUGUUACACAUAUUGAAGGUGAGGUAAACCCUAUUAGGGACUUAGAAAUUAUCGGUGAGGAACUUCGCCUGAAGGAUCAGGAAUUCUUGAUGACAAAUCUAGAAAAAAUGGAGCGCACAGUUGGGCGAGGAGGAGACAAGAAGUUGAAGCCGGAAUAUGAUGCAUUACUGAAAUUCAAGAGUGUCCUUGUUGAAGAAAAACACCAUUUGAGGUUUGGUGACUGGAAUGCUGUUGAGAUAGAAAUGUUGAACAAGUAUAUGUUUAUAACAACAAAACCAGUUAUCUACCUCGUGAACCUUUCAGAGAAGGAUUACAUCAGGAAGAAAAACAAGUGGUUGAUUCAAAUCAAAGAAUGGGUCGAUAAGAAUGAUCCUGGUGCAAUUAUUAUCCCAUUAUCUGGUGCUUUUGAGAACAAAAUAAUUGACAUGGAAGAAGCUGAAAAAAAGGCUUUCCUAGAAGAGAGUAAAGUUCCCAGUGCCCUUGAUAAAAUCAUUGUUCAAGGCUACAAAGCCUUACAGCUGCAAUAUUUCUUUACCGCAGGAGCAGAUGAAGUGAAAGCUUGGACAAUUCAGAAAGGAACAAAGGCACCACAGGCCGCAGGAAAAAUCCAUACUGAUUUUGAAAAAGGAUUCAUCAUGGCUGAAGUGAUGAAGUUUGAUGAUUUUAAAGAGGAAGGUUCUGAAUCUGCUGUAAAGGCAGCAGGUAAAUACCGGCAACAAGGUCGCAACUAUGUUGUUGAUGAUGGAGACAUAAUAUUUUUCAAGUUUAAUGCUGGUGCUGGGCUCAAAGAUGCAAAAAAAAAGUGAAUUUUUCGUUUCAAUUUUCCCAAAGAAGACAUCUCUAUUUUGUUGAUUUGUUUUCCAUGAAAACAUUAUUUGAUUUAACUUUUCGCCUUAAAUUUAUUUUCAUCCGAUAACUCUUAUUUUUUUUCUAACCAGCUUGUAAAUAAAAUCUUCUCUGUAAAUACCUACUCGUUGAAUUUAUAUUUAUAUUCCUAUUACAAAUAUACUUUUUAAUUUAUUAUUUCAUUAUCUAUACAUAAUCUCUAUUCUCUUUCAUUUCACCUUAUUUUCUAGUCUAUAGUUAGUUGUGUUCAUGAUAUGCAUUUUGUCUUUUGUCUUUCAACCUUUAACUUGGCAAGAAUAAAUUGACUGGUUUUUUUUAAGUA